UGAAGAUGAUUCACAACGGAUUAAAUUAAUGUCUACAAUUCAACAAUUAUCUGAUAAAGAGGUCUCGGCAGCAAGUCAUCUUAUUGAAACCAUGCGUUAUCCAAAAGGUUUAAAUGCAGGCCAACUUCUAUCACCAUAUCUUCAAAAUAAAGCAUAUAAUUCUAUUGUUGAUAGUUAUUAUAAACACCAAUUAUCAAAUAAAUCUUUAAAAGAUGCAAAUUUUAAACUUGAUUAUUCCUCUAAUACAGUUUGGCUUGCAACUAGCAUUACACAAAUAGGAGAAACAUCAAUGCGCUCUUCAAUUGAAGAUACUAAAUUAAUUUAUGAAUUUUUAAUUGGUGAGUCUCCACGAAAAUGGUUAUCAACCUCAACAUUACAUACAUAG